GCUGCCGCCGCUCGCGCUCGCCUCUAACCGAAAGCUCCCACAAAACCUUCCCCUAUCGCGCAGUGCUUUUCCGAUAGCCGCGCCGACCGGUCGUGCUCAGUAUUCGCCGUGACCGCCCGCGCCGUACGCACGUAAAAUGCUACAAGAAAUUCAACUUGUUCAAGGUCAGACGAACUACGUAGUCGUCGCGUCCGGAUAUCCUUCAGCUACGUUAACGAAGACGCCCACAGAGAAGAGGAAUGUACCUAUUGCACCAGCUCCUGAAAAAAAUUAUGUCACACACGAUACGCCGCCAAAUCUACAGUACAGAAAGAAGGUGCACUUUAGGACGAACCCUUACACCGGACCUCAGGCCGCGUCCAUCGCGAGACGUAACGCUCGGGAACGUAAUCGUGUGAAGCAAGUGAAUGAUGGAUUCAACGCGCUGCGCCGACACCUGCCAGCCUCGGUUGUUGCUGCCUUAUCAGGUGGAGCGCGAAGAGGGUCCGGGAAGAAACUCAGCAAAGUUGACACACUAAGGAUGGUGGUUGAAUAUAUAAGGUACCUGCAACAACUCCUUGAAGAAAGCGACGCUGCUUUAGGUAUUACAAGAGAUCAGGAAAAUAGAGAAAAUAUUCCAAAUGGUAGUACUUUGCAACCGAUGACCUCAAUAGACAUGGACGAUGGAUUUUUCUAUGGAAGUGGAUCACCUUGUUCUGAGAAGCCAGAUUCCCCUGCGCCUUCUGAGUGUUCAUCGGGGGUGUCGUCGGCGUACUCAGCUGAUCGUUACGAGGUCACCACGACGACGCAACAACAGCUCGGCCCUAUGGACGAAGAUGAGCUGCUAGACGUCAUCUCGUGGUGGCAACAGAAAUAACAAUCAUAUGUAUCGUUGUGAGUGACACAACUGGAACCAACCCUCCGAAAACGAAGUUCAUUAUUUAUUAAUAGUGCAAAUUAUCGUUUAAACAUACGAAAAGACUCUUGUAUAUCUAGUCAAAUCAAUAGUGCCUUCAAUAUUAGAUCUUAAGACUUAGUUUUAAUUGCGGGGUAAUUUAUCAAGUUUUGGAUUUCUGUACUGACUUUUUGUAGGCAGACAAAACAUAUGACUGCUUAACUUUUGAAUGAAGUUCCAUAUUCGAACGGGGAGUUUUUUUUUUUAUUUCUAAGUGCACUUUUUAAGUGUUGACUGUAUAAAAUACCUCUAAAUUGUGUCGAUGGUUUCAAAGACAAUGAUUGUUUGGUAUAAGGCUGUUAAUAAAAUACUUUUAGUGUAAUUUGUAAAACAAAUGGUCGAUAGUACACGUUACCUUUUACUGAUAUUACCGAAACUGUAAGAACGCAUUUUGUAUUAUCGGCCGAGUCGAUGAUAUUGUAAAUAUACCUUAAUUAGUUGUAAGUUUAGCUUAAGAAAUUAAAACUAUUUAUUGAAUCGA